UCUGACUCAUAGUGAUCCUAUAGGACAGAGUAGAACUGCCCCCAUAGGGUUUCUGAGGCUGUAAUCUUUACAAGAGCAGUCUGCCACAUCUUUCUUCUGUGGAGUAGCUGGUGGGCUGGAACCACUGACCUUCUGGUGCGCAGCUGAGCUCUUAACCACUGUGCAAAACAUUAUAUUCUGAACCAAACAUUUAUUUAAUUUUUUUUUUUUCUUUUUAACCAUCCUUACUUUAUCUUUUCCUAGGAAAGUUAAUCUUUUUUUUUAAUUGUCAUGGAUUAUGUCCCCCAAAAAUGUGUGUAUCAAUUUGGCUGGGCCAUGAUAACCUCCUGAUAUUGUGUGAUUUUCCUGUGUAUUGUAAAUCCUGCCUCUAUGCUGUUAAUGAGGGAGGAUGGGUGUCAGUUAUAUUAGAGAGGCAGGACUCAAUCUACAAAACCAGACUGUGUCUUGAGGCAAUCUCUUGAGAUAUAAAAGAAAGAAGGAAGCAGAGAGACAGGGGGGCCUCAUACCACUGAGAAAGGAACACUGGGAGCAGAGAGCAUCCUUUGGACUUCAGAUCCCUGUGAGAAGCUCCUAGUCUGGCGGAACAUUGAUGAGAAGGCCGACAGAGAGAGAAAGACUUCCCCUGGAGCUGAUGCCCUGAAUUUGGACUUUUAGCCUAGUAACUGUAAGGAAAUAAACUCUUCUUUGUUAAAACUGUCCACUUGUGGUAUUUCUGUUAUAGCAGCACUAAAUAACUAAGAUUGAAUUCUUCCUUUUUCUCCUUUGCUGCCUAAGGAUGGGCCCUCAUUGUGAACAACAGGGUAGCUAAUCAGACCAGGAAGUUUAUGACCAACGUACUACUUCAGCAGAAACAAAUGUUCAUUGAUGCCCUUCACGCUGAGAAGGCAACAAUAUUUAAGACAGAAAUUCAGGAAAACCUAGCCAAAAUAUACAAAACUACACCAGAUCUCAUCAUUGUAUUUGGAUUCAGAACCCAUUUUGUGGGUGACAAGAUAACUGACUUCAGCAUGAUUUACAAUUCCUUGGAUCAUGCAAAGAAAAAUGAAACCAAACACAGACUUGCAAGACAUGACUUAUAUGACAAGAAAAUGCCCUUAGGAAAACAGUGA